GUAAGAGCUAAAGUAUUAUUCCGUUUCAUAUUCAUACGUCAGAUAUAAUAAUGCAUAAUUCUCAUUAAAAUUAAAGCAGUGCAAUUUUCUGUUUUUCAAACCAUAAUGGGGUACUUGACAUUGUUUUGAUUGCUGGAUUUGCAGUGAGAUAUUGAACCCUCAUAACACUAAAAUCUCAUUCAAAAGGAAUAGGUAAAUAAAGUAAAACUUUUGGGAAAUAUGCGAGACACUGAUUAAAAAUUCUGAUGUCGAUUCUCUGAUGUUGCCACCGAGAUUCACUCUUUUCAACCAGGAUGAUGAGACAAUGAAGUAUUUCGCCUAAAUAUCCAUUGUGUGGCAAUCAUUCAACUGAUGUCGUAAGCGUAAAAAUCCGACUUUGAUAGUUUAUUCGUGUUAUACGAGUUUCAUCCCAGCAACUUUUGGGUCGUGCUUUACUUGUCGAUAGUAAGACUGGUUGAGAAAGUAGUGAUUUGUUCAUAACAGGACAUCGGAGUAUGAAAAAAGGCUGUAAGGGAAUGGCAUCCGUCAAAUCACCACGGCUUUCAGAUCGGGGUUUUGUGCGCGGUCCAACUGGGUGGCUUCAAGCGGUGUCAGGCGUGGCUCAGAAUAAAAACCAGUGGCAGUUCUGGUGUAGUUCUUUAAUAAUUUUAAAAUAAACUCACUUGACUGAACGAAAUUUUUCUCGGCCGUAUUUUUAAAUGAACUAUAUCCUUCGUCAAAUACUAUUUUCGUUUGUCCAAUUAUUGACUGAGUGACUCACUUCGUUAUUUCGUAAUAUUAUCAGUUCAUUUUUGUUGGACAUCAUUUUCGGUGCCCAAACUUAUCAGAAAACACAUAUGCUAUAAAUAAGCAAGAAAAGUGGUGGAGGCUCACGUGUAAAGUGUGGUUCACAGUUUUCUUUCUUUUCAUUUUUACAGAUAUUAAGCUCUUUAUGCGGUUGUUUUAAUCUUAUAAAUUGGUUUUAUUCAUAAACCUAAUUUUAUAGUCUAAAUACUUUCCACUCCACUUCUAGCAUUCUCUGAGUGAUUAAAAUACAUGUAUUGGUUAGUGACGUUCCGGUGUGCAAAGAUUGGUGAGUAAACAGCCAUGUUUGAAGACGCUCCUCCCACAAAAAAGUGGAACAACUGUCUAUAUAACAAUCGUGGUCUACCUGAUAAUUAUGUAGAUUCAGAUUUCUUGUCUGAAUUAAAAGAAAACCUGUUUCUACCCAAACUUCGAGCACGUGAUGUUAUAAUCGCUGCUGGGAGCAUUUAUCAACAACUCUGUUGUUUGUCUUUGUUUGUAAUUAUCUACUUUUAUCUACUGUUCGGCUGGAUUUCUCCACAGUAUCUCAAUCUUUACCUUUUCUUGUUUAUAACUAUUGGAUAUGCCUUGUUUUGGUCAAUGAAAGAGGAAAAUGAAAGACAAUUUCAUAAAGUCAUACCUGAAAUCAAGUCGGGCAUGACUCAUUGGAAAGGUCAUCCUCGAAAGCCUGGGUCGAAUACUAUUUCUCUGAGUUCUGCUUUGUUAGCUGCUCUCUGCUUGGCUAGUCGUUUACCUGACCCUUAUCAUACUUUCGCAUUGCUUUCCACUGCCGUCACGUUACUAGCAUUAUGGCCAGCAUUGACAAGAAGGUUUCGCAAUAAUGGAGGUGAUGGAGCACAAAUAUGCUUAACCAUAUUAUCUGGUUCUACAAUUCUUCUGAGCGCUUGGCCGAUAGUUUACAGUGAAGUAUCAUUCGAAUAUAGAUGCAUCUUCCUUUGCGCACUCGUAACAUCUACUUUGUGUAUUAAUUUUGUUGGACCGUGUUACUUAUUAAGAAUGCAAAAAAUUAAAAGGACUAUCCAUGGACCGUGGGAUGAAGCUGUUAUAGAAUAA